AUGAAUCUCAUUACAAGCAGUUGGAAAGUUUUCACCUGGCUAGGACUUUUCAGGCCGAUUAAAUGGACAGGAUUAAAAGCACGAAUUUACGAUUUGUUCACAGUGAUUGUUUUAUUUUGCAACUACACAUUUUUUGCAUGCGGCGUUAUGGACAUCGAUUUUACUCAUCUUGACUUUUAUGCCGACAUCGAGCUUAUCACAUUGAUGCUGCAAUUCGUCGAAAAUACACCAAAGAUUCUGUGUAUGCUACUGAAUCGUAAUGAUCUCAUAGAAAUAGAAUACAAACUUAAAAAUGAUCAUUUCGAGCUGAAGGAUGACGAAGAAAAAGAAAUUCAAAAAAAAUUCGAUAAAUUUAGCAGGGCUGUUCUCCUUAGUUACGCGACAUUGCAAGUAUCAGCACUUAUAUAUUACACGAUUGGACGUAUCCUAGCCAUGGAGUCACCAAUUUUAUUACCUUAUAGGAGUAAUAUACCAUUCAAUUACUCCACGAGUAAUGAAAUAUAUUUGCUAACUUCCAUUGAUCAACUCUUCUCUGUAUCAAGUCUCAUUGCUAUAAAUGGCGCAUUUAAUUUAGUCUUUACUUCGACAAUGCAUCAAAUUUGUACUAAGGUUCGAAUACUUAAAUAUCGUUUCAACGUUAUCAUCGAGCAGUUGGAAGAUGAUGCUAAAAUAGAUUAUAGUGUCGAAGACGAUACGAAGAAAAAAAUUUUUAUGACUGAAAGGAAUCAAGAUGAACUUAUCGCUAACUGGGUAGAAAGUCAUAAUGAACUUUUAAGUUUGUAUGACUUCACAAAAUCCGUUUUUGCAAAAGCUGUUUUCAUUCAUUACGUAAUAAAUUCGAUAGUAAUAUGUACGCUUGCGUAUAUACUGAGCCAUUGCGAAAUAGAUAACAUUUUUUUCGGUAACGUGUCUUACUUUUGCGUUAAAUGCACACAACAAUUUUUGCAAUGUUCUUCUGCUCAUCAAAUUACUUUGGAGUUUGAAGAUCUCCGUGACAUGAUUUUUACUACCAAUUGGUUUGCUACGAAAAUAUCAAUACAAAAAUCGAUAAUUAUAAUAAUGUCAAAAUCAAUAAUACCAGUUGAAUUUAUAAGCGGAUAUUUCGUAACCUUAUCACUAGAUUCUUUCAAAAGAAUUAUAAAAUUGUCAUACACCAUUUAUAAUGUCCUUGAAGGAUAA